AUGAAGUCACAAUCACUUUUACUGGCGGGCGUGAUUCUGGUGACCUCCGUCUCAGCGGAAUGUAGCCGGUCUUUUGUCGUCGGCGCCACGACCCAAUACAUAGCAGCGCAGACAGAGGGCAAUCCGGCCAAGCUGACAGCCAUCACUGCCGACAACCUGAAGUACACCGAGAGUGACAAGACGAUCGACAUUACGACCGGCGUCCUCGCACAAGCCAUGAAAAUCGACCACAACCGCAGCAUCUACGACACCACCCUGUGUGCUACCUUUACCGAACUAAUAGUUUCCGACGCGGCCAAGCCCUAUGUCAUUGGCACCCGCAUGGUCUUCACAGACGACAAGGUCAGCUUGAUCGAGACCAUUGCGACCAAGCCCGGCGACUGGGCUUUCAACGCCACAGGGUAUUUGCACUGGAAUUCACUCGAGACCUGGGACCCUAUCCCCGCCUCGGAUCGCGACAGCCGAGAAGUGAUACAGGCCGCGGGGGACGCCUAUUUCAACCGCUUGAACAACGUGAACAUCAGCGUCCCCUUCGUCACCCCCUGUGCGCGGCUCGAGGGCGGCGCCUACACAGACCCCCGGGCAUCGGGCAACGACACCUGCGCGCUCGGACUGCCGUCCACCAUCAAGGUGACUAACAGGCGGUACGUGGUGGACGAGGAGAUGGGGGCCGUUGCCAUCUACGUGGGCUUCCCCGGCCUGGACAGGUCCGUCGCAGAAAAGCCAAUGCCGGACAGCCACUUCUUCCGGGUUGAGGCCGGCGAGAUUCGGUACAUCCACACCGUCACGACGUGCGAGCACGCGGGGUGCGGAAUGAACGGAACAGGGAUCCCGCCGCCCGCUUGA